AUGAUGGAAGCGGCGACGGAGGAAGAGCGAGAGGUGGCGACGGCGUCCGCCGCGCUGUUCGGCGGCGCCGAGGGCGAGCCGCGCUUCGACGAUGACGGGAUGGACGGGUCGGACCUGCCGCCGUCCUUUGCCAUGCCGCUGCUCGCGCGAGGCGACGAGGACGACGCAGCAGCAGAAGAAGAAGAAGAAGCAGGUGAAGGAGAAAGGGGCCAAGGAGAAGACGCGCAGACCAGGGCGACCCCAGCGGAAGCGGCUCAACCACCAAGCGAGAAGCAGGUGCAUAUCACCAAAUUGGAGGCAACUGACCCCGUUCCAGGCAGCGCAGACGUCGGCGUCGAGGCUCAGAGCGUCCAGACGCCCGCGCAGCAGCCACAGGAGACGGCAGCGGACGCCCAGCGCCAGCAAGAGCAACAGCCAGAUAACGGUCAGAAGGCCGCAGCACCGUCCCAACCUCCAGUGGAUGCUGACGCCGAUGCGGACGCCGCAGAGCGCCGCGGCUACCAGUGCCGCUUCGAGAACUGCCCCAAGUUCGCGCAGGCCGGCGGCCUCUGCAUCGCCCACGGCGGCGGCUACCGCUGCCAGACGCCGUUUUGCGCCUUCUUUAACUUGCGCACGUGUCCGGACCACGGCGGCUCCAAGCGCUGCGGGGUCACGGGCUGCACGCGCGUGGCGAUGGGCACGUCGGCCGUGUGCUGCGCGCAUGGCGGCGGCCGCAAGUGCUCCAUGAAGAAGUGCGACAAGUACGAUGCUGGCCAGGGCUUCUGCCUGGCCCACGGUGGCGGGCGUGACUGCACCGUGAACGGCUGCACCAAGAAGGCGAUCCGCUACGGACUGUGUAGCGGCCACGGCGGACGCGCGCGCUGCAAGGUGGAAGGCUGCACCAAGUACGAUCGAGGCCAGGGCAAGUGCAAGGCGCACGGCGGAGGCUACUUCUGCAAAGUACAGGGCUGUGGCAAGAAGGACAAGGGCGGCGGUCUCUGCGUCGCCCAUGGCGGCGGCAAGAAGUGCUACGUUGAAGGAUGCACGACGCCGUGUGUCGGCGGUGGUCGCUGCAAGUUGCAUGGCGGCGGGAAGCGGUGUCAGGCUGAAGACUGCCGCAACUGGGCUCUCAACGGCGGCCGAUGCAAGGAGCACGGCGGCACGGGCAAGCGCUGCUCGCGUCGCGGGUGCGACAAGCACGACCAAGGAGGCGGAUACUGCCUCGCGCAUGGCGGCGGCUUCACCUGUACGUUCCCGGACUGCACCAAGAAGCAGAUCCGCUUUGGCCGUUGCUGCGCACAUGGCGGCAAGCCGCGGUGUACUGUUGCAGGUUGCGAGCGGUUGAGCCAGUCUCGUGGACUGUGCAAGUCUCACGGCGGCACCAAGCCUUGCAGCUUCCCGGAGUGCACGCGCAAGGCCAACAGUGGAGGCCACUGCAUUCGCCACGGAGGCGGAGGUCGCUGCAAGACGGAGGGGUGCGUCAAGACGAACCGCGGCGGAGGCUACUGCAAAGCCCACGGCGGCGGCAAGAAGUGCACUGUGCCGGAGUGCAACGAGUGGGCCAUCGGAGGCGGCGUGUGCCCGCAGCACGAGAUCUUCGGGGAGGCUGCUGUUGUCUCUGUCUGA